GGAAGCGGAAACGAAGCCUCAUCUUUCUAACUGGUUCGUCCAGCUUUCUCCUACCCCGGAAACACAGAGCCUGCUACCCUCAGGUACUGAGGCCUUCCAAGGAACGAUGAGCGUGAGCGCAGGGCGGCAGAGCGAGUCGGGCUGGUGAGGAGCAGAGACUGGUUCUCGCGGGCUCGUCGGGCACCGGAGCCCCGCAGUCGCCGGGGCGGAGCUCGAGGCCCCGAUGAUCGAGAAGGCAAGGUCGGCGCUGCUGCCGCCGCGGGACGUGGGGGACUCGGUGGAGACACUCAUGUUACAUCCAGUUAUCAAGGCUUUUCUCUGUGGCUCCAUCAGUGGGACCUGCUCCACCCUCCUCUUCCAGCCUCUGGAUCUCCUCAAAACUCGCCUGCAGACUCUCCAGCCCUCAGACCAUGGGUCCAGGCGUGUUGGGAUGCUGGCUGUAUUCUUGAAGGUGGUUCGCACAGAGAGUCUUUUGGGCCUGUGGAAAGGGAUGUCCCCUUCUAUUGUGAGGUGUGUCCCUGGUGUUGGCAUCUACUUCGGCACUCUGUAUUCUCUGAAGCAGUAUUUCUUGAGAGGCCAUCCUCCCACUGCCCUGGAGGCAGUCAUCCUGGGCAUGGGCUCUCGCUCCAUCGCAGGGGUCUGCAUGUCACCUAUUACAGUGGUCAAGACACGCUAUGAGAGUGGGAAGUAUGGCUAUGAGAGUAUCUACACAGCCCUGAGGAGCAUCUACUGCAGCGAGGGCCACCGCGGCCUCUUCAGCGGCCUGACAGCAACCCUCCUUCGUGAUGCUCCCUUCUCAGGACUCUACCUGAUGUUUUACAGCCAGACCAAAUCCACAGUACUCCAUGACCAGGUGGAUGGAGCCUUUGUUCCCCUCGUCAACUUCAGCUGUGGGAUAUUUGCUGGAAUUCUGGCUUCACUGGUGACGCAACCUGCAGACGUCAUCAAAACUCACAUGCAGCUUUCCCCAAUGAAGUUUCAGUGGAUUGGCCAAGCGGCCACGCUCAUUUUCAAAGCCCAUGGGCUGCGUGGCUUCUUCCAAGGCAGCAUUCCCCGGGCCCUCCGCAGAACUCUAAUGGCAGCAAUGGCAUGGACAGUUUAUGAAGAGAUGAUGGCCAAGAUGGGCCUGACGUCCUGACGAGAGGGCUGGGAAAAGGAGGAUCUGUUGUCUUGCCUGGUUCCUGCCACCGGCUGUUGCAUCUCACUGUCCUGGAGUCAGAAGUCCUGCCAAAAAGCCCGGCAGAGCAUCAUUGUCUUCAAAGUUUUCUCCAUUCAAGGAGAAAACAGAUGACCUGAUUGGAGCCUCCAGAUUUCUGGAAGUGGGGUCACCAAUACACACAGUUCAAUACACAUUUUUAGUCAGUGCUCGCUGGGGAGCAGGGAACAGAGCUCGCUUGCCCCACAAGGCUGCUUGAAAGGCAUUUCUGGAGAGACCUCAGCCAGGUCGAUCUGCUUCGGCCACCCAGCUAUACCACAGGGCCUCCUUAGGUAUGUUCUGAACAAGGAAUCUUAUGCUAGACAGACUGUGGGCCUCCUGCCAUGUCUGAGGGGCUCUAUUAGUGAAGACUAGAUCCAAAGAGAGCUGUCACGGACCAGUGAGAUGGCUCAGCACGUAAAUGUGCUUUUGGAGUGACCCGAGUUCAAUCCCCAGGACCCAUAUGGUAGAAUAGAAUUGACUCCUGAAAGUUGUCCUCUGACUUCCACAUGUACACCAUGACAACCCCCCCAUAAAUAAAUGUAAUUAAAAAUUUUUUUUAAAUAGAGUUGUCAUAUUAGCAGGUUGAAGACUGUCUGAGGUGCGUCAGGACCAGAAUAGACAUUUAAUUGGUUCUAAUCAGCCUUCAUAUGCUGUGGAGAAUGGGGACUGAUUUCCUGGCCUCCAAAUGUCCAAAGAAAAUCUUUUGGUCUGGGCCCUGUAUUGUUUUAGUUUUAUGCUGCUCUCACAGUUUUCCACAAUUCAAGUUCAGAUGAAUAAAGUACUCUGUCAGUGAAA